CUCCUCCCAGCCAAGUUACCGUGCGACACCUUUGGACUGGCGAAGUGUGGGGAAACGCUGGUACUCGCUGCUUUUUUAACGCGUGUCCCGUCAGCCGGAGCGGUGUCCGGACGAUGCAGCUGUGCCGCAGCGGCCCACGGACGUUUUUAAAAGUUCCAUUUUGAGGGUUGAGCUCGGGUCCGGGGAGGGAGGUGGAGUGGAGCUAGUUCCGCCUCGUCUGGGUGAUGGACAGCAGCCGCGACAAGUGUCAAAACUAACCACCGCUCCGACGCGAACAAGGAAAAAAAAAAAAAAAAAAAAGAAACAGGCUGAGGAACUCCGUCUGCGGCGUCUCCACACAGGUGAAGCGGGUCACUGUGGGGGGGAAAAGAGGCCUGUCUACUUGUUCUGACAGGCAGCCGGGCUGGAGGCAGAGAUCUACGCCCUGCUGGGACUGCACAGGCUCAGAAACGAGACAAAAGGAAACUGCACUUUAUUGUAUUUGUUCUCGAUCGGCUGCAUUGUGAUCAGGAGUGAUCACUCUGCUAGGAAGGAAUCCUGCUGGAACCAGAAGACGCCGGCAGUCUGCAGUUCUGAUCGGUGAUCAAUGGUUUUCAGUCAAGGAUCUGCUGAGUGCUGAGUUCUGGACACGGUGAUGGAAAACCCCGAGGAUGAGGUCGACCUGCAGCAGAGCUCGACAGGAGGCGAAGAGGGAAACUCCAGUGGAGGAUCGCCGCCAAGUAAACGCAAAGGGAAGUUUUCCAAGAUGGGACGAAUCUUCAAACCCUGGAAGUGGAGGAAGAAGAAACCGAGCGAGAAGAUCGCAGAGGCAUCUAUAGCCUUGGAACGAAAGAUUUCUGUUCGGAAGAGUCGACAAGAGCUGAUUGACAGAGGAGUUCUCAAGGAAAUACCAGAGAACGAGAGCAACGAUGUGAACCACGUCAAAGGCCCACCGGUUAAAAAUGGCCACCCGGUGCCGAUGGACGUGGACAAGCUGCUGGAAAGCGCGGAGCGAGUGUCUCGUGCGGACUCCGACCUGAAGGGGAACGCCCUCAGGGUGCCUCAGCCCGAGGAGCGGGGUCGGGGCCGGGCGUCGUCGGACGCCUCCCGCAGCAACCGGGCGCCUCUGGACGUGGACUCUCACGCGCGGCUCGCCGUGGACGCGGACCGGCGGAUCCGCCUGCCGUCAGAUGUGGAGAAGAGGGGAGGAUCUUUACCUCGAGGUCCUCAGCAAGACGACCGGUACCGCAGAGACGAGAGGCGAGACGGAAGAGACGACAGGAGGGAGAGGGAGGAUGCGGAAAGGAGGGACUGGCGGGACGAACGGGAAAGAGAUGGAGGCGGUGACCGGAGAGAAGACAGAGAUUUUAGAGAGAGGCGCGAAUGGAGAGAUGACCGAGAUAGAAGAGACGAAAGAACAGACAGAGACAGAGAACGGAGAGACCGCGACGAGAGGGAAAGACGGGAUCGGGACGAGAGAGAGCGACGAGAUCGAGAAGAGAGAGAAAGGAGGGAUCGGGAUGAAAAGGAGAGAAGAGACCGAGACGAGAGAGAGCGGAGGGAUCGGGACGAGCGGGAGAGAAGAGACCGGGACGAGAGGGAAAGGAGGGAUCGGGAUGAACGAGAAAGAAGAGAUCGGGAGGAGAGGGAGAGGAGAGACCGCGACGAAAGAGAACACCGAGACAGGGAGGAGAGGGAGAGGAAGGAGCGCGAUGACAGAGACAGGAGGGACGACAGAGAUCGGCGUCCCGACAGAGACAACCGAGACGACCGAGAGCGAGACGACAGGGAGAGGAAAGACGCUCGAGCGGAGAGAGAUGAGAGAGACAGAGAGCGGAGAGAGGACAGGGACAAGAGAAGCGAACGAGAGCGUCGUGAGGAGAAGCGGGAGAGGCCGGGCCCUCAGCUGUCUCUAGACGAGUCCCGACGAGGCUUCAGGCCUCAGUCCGACAUCGACCUGAGGCCUCCCCUCCAGAAGAGCUCCUCCGAGGACGCCAAGAAGACCCGGCCCGCCUCGGAGUCGGACAAAAGGACCACGCUGCCCAGAUACGCCCCGCCAGCGGAGUUCAGAGAACGUGCAGAGUCCGCCGUCGUCCGCUUUGUUCCCGAGCCGCGUCCAGCGCCGGACUCCCAGCAGGACCCGACCCCGCCUCACCCCAAGCAAGCUCUGCUCCCUCCCAAAUUCCUCACCAGCCAAUCAGCUGACAGAGCUCCGACCCCGCCCUCCUCCUCAUCCUCCUCCUCGUCCUCGUCCUCUUCCUCCUCCUCCUCAUCCUCCGCCGCCCCGGCCGUGGCCAAGCCGCCGAGGACGGUGUCCCUGAUAGUGGACGACCAGUCUCGGCCCGCGCCGGUGCCCGACUCCGACACGCCGCCCCCCGUCCCUCCCCACGCCAAGCAGCCUCCCGUCCCCCCACCCAAACCCACCAACCGCAACAGCAACCCCGCACUGCUGGCUUCCUCCUCGCUGCACAGGGGCUCAAAGGUCCGGCAGCCUUGCUACUGGACCGGCUGGAAGCGGCACGGCGAGCUGGGCCUCUACCUGUCUCUGCCCGUGUACCUGCGCCACACGGCUUGCCAGACCUACUCAGCGGAGCUUUCUCAGGGCGGCAGCGGCCUCAUCGUCGUCCCGGCGCCUUCGAAACGUUCUCCCCCAACCCCGCCGAAGAGGAUGACCCCCGUCACCAAGCGGCACUCUACGGAUACCUCCCCACCCAGACAGGUCCCGGAGAUACCCGCCGCCGCCGAGCCUUCCCCGGCCCCGGCGCCCGCUCCCCCCGCCCCCUCCAGAGCGGACAACGGCGACGACAGGAUGAACUUAUCCCUUCAGGCCGCCGCCGAGCUGCUGCCUCCUCCGCCCUCACACAUCCCCCCGUCUCCGCCCAGGGUUCAGUCCCUGCAGCCGCCCGGCGCUGGCUCCACCGCCGGCCCGGUGCCCACGGUGCACACCGACCCCCCGAGCCCCACCACCGAGCCCCCCAGCCAGCCCCCGGCCAUCCCCCUGCACAUCCUGAUCCAGAGGGCUCUGGCCAGCCCCGGCCCGGUGCAGCUCAACCCGGACAGCUCCCAGAGGGCCCACUCGCUGCUGUUCGAGUCUCCACCGGACUUCCUGACGGAGGCCGGGACCAACCCUCGCCACUCGCUACCCAUCACCAUCGAACCGCUACGCCUGCCGGAAGACGACGACUUCGACCUGGAGGAGGAGAUGAGGAAGCUGCAGCCUCAGAGGCCUCCUCGCCAGCUGGAGGCGCGCAGCCGGAGGGCCAUGGUGGGAGACCCCCGGGUGAGCGUCAUCCCCGAGGGAGGGGGCCCCGGGGACAGCGAGGAGGAGGAGGAGGAGUCCGACUCCGACGGCCCCAUCCUCUACAGGGACGAGGACGACGACGAGGACGAGGAAGGUCCUCCGAGCGGUCUGGCCAGCCGGGUGAAGAGGAAGGACACGCUGGCCCUGAAGCUGGAGAGACAGGAGAGGGAGGCGCACGACAACCCGGAGAACCAGGACGGCAUGAGCUGGCAGAGCCGGGAGCAGUGGGUGGCCGUGAGGGACAAGAUCGGCACCACGCUGACACGGCGGCUGAGCCAGAGGCCGACGGCCGAGGAGCUGGAGCAGAGGAACAUCCUCCAGGCCAAGAACGAAGAGGAUCGUCUGCUGGAGCGACGCGAGAUCAAACGGAGGCUCACCAGGAAGCUCUCCCAGAGACCCACCGUGGCCGAGCUGCAGGCCCGGAAGAUCCUCCGCUUCCACGAGUACGUGGAGUCCACCCACGCCCACGACUACGACCGGCGGGCCGACAAACCCUGGACCAAGCUCACUCCGGCCGACAAGGCCGCCAUCCGCAAGGAGCUCAACGAAUUCAAGAGUUCGGAGAUGGAGGUUCACGAGGACAGUCGGAUCUACACCCGCUUCCACCGGCCCUGAACCGAACCGGGUUCCCUCAGACCGGGUCAGGAUGGAGGACCGGCCCCCUCCCAGGACCGAGCCAAAGCCGGAAGGAGCUCGUCCGGUGCCAAGAGGAGCGUCUCCUCCUCCUCCUCUUCCUCUUCCUCGUGCCUUCGCCUGUACAUUAC